AUAAAAUUACGAGCUUCUUGUGACAUUUAUAAUAUACAAAGGUAUGUUUGAUUUGGGUGCUGCCGUGUCGUUAUAGAAUAGAAAGAGCAUCAGUUUGUGUGAUGUGAGUCUGACAGGAUUCACAGUCUUUGAUUGAUCGUAAUUGACGUAUGAUGGUAAAAUGAGCAAGAAUCAGAGGACUUUGUUCGAGUCGUGGGGCUGCAGCGUCUCUCACACAGACCAGAGAAAAACUACCUCAACAAAAACUUCUCAGGGCAGUAAUGUGAGAGCGACAGACAGGUGUGAGCAGAGAGGUGAGACAGCAGCGGUCUAUCAACACACUGAAGAUGAAGACGAUGAUGAUGAUCUGAUGCUCGUGGCUGUUUAUGAGGCAGAGAGGUCCCUGGAGGGCGAUGACGUCACUUCCGGCUUCGACCCCUCCGCAGGGCAGGUGUGGAUUUAUCCCACGAACUACCCGGUGAGAGAGUACCAGCUGCGGAUCUCUGAGGCGGCUCUGCUGCAGAACACGCUGGUGUGUCUCCCCACCGGUCUGGGCAAGACCUUCAUCGCCUCGGUGCUCAUGUAUAAUUACUACCGCUGGUUCCCCGCAGGGAAGAUCAUCUUCAUGGCUCCUACUAAACCUCUGGUGUCCCAGCAGAUAGAGGCGUGUUACAGAGUGAUGGGGAUCCCACAGGAACACAUGGCCGAACUCACAGGAACGACCGCAGCGCAGCAGAGAAGAGAGCUGUGGAGAUCCAAGCGUGUGUUCUUCUUGACUCCACAGGUGAUGGUGAACGAUCUGUCACGGAACACCUGUCCAGCAGAUCAAGUCAAGUGUGUGGUGAUCGAUGAAGCUCACAAAGCCACAGGAAAUCACGCGUACUGUCAGGUGGUUCGUGAGUUGAGGAAUCAGACGCAGCAGUUUCGUGUUCUGGCUCUCAGUGCCACACCUGGAGGAGACGUCAAGGUGAGAAGCUUCAGCGUACAGCAGGUGAUCUCUAACCUGUUGAUCUCUCACAUUGAGCUGCGCUCUGAAGAAAGUCCUGACGUUCAGUCCCAUGUGCAUCAGAGGAGUGUGGAGAAGAUCAUCGUCCCGUUAGGAGAGUCACUCACUCAGCAUCAGACACGAUACCUGCAGGUUUUGGAGAAGUUUACAUCUCGUCUGACCCAGAUGAGGCUGUUGAGUCAUCGUGACCUCCGCUCACUUACCAAGUACCAGAUCAUACUGGCCCGAGAACAGUUCAGACGAAACCCACCGCCACACAUCAUGGGGGGGCAGCACGGGGCUCUCGAGGGGGAUUUCGCCCUCUGCAUCAGUCUGUAUCAUGGGUUAGAGUUACUGCAGCAGAUGGGCCUCCGAUCGCUCUUCCUCUUCUUCCAGAACAUCAUCUCUGGACCUAAAGAAUCGUCUCGUGUCAGGAAUGAACUUCAGAGGAGUCCAGUCUUCAUGGAUCUCUACAGAGAUAUGGAGACGAUGUUUACCACAUCCAGCAGAGAGUCUGAAGAGCGUCACGUCUACAGUCAUCCGAAACUACAGAAACUGGACGAGGUCGUUUUACAGCACUUUAAAUCAUGGGCUGAGAGCGCAGAUGUUGCGAGUACACGCGUGAUGAUCUUCUCUUCGUUCCGUGAGAGCGUGCAAGAGAUCGCCGAGAUGUUGACCCGUCAUCAGCCACUGGUCAGGGUCAUGACCUUUAUGGGUCAGGCGUCGGCUGGGAAAGGGGUUCGAGGAUUCACACAGAAGGAGCAGCUGGAGGUUGUGCGUCGGUUCCGUGAGGGGUUUAACACUCUGGUGUCCACGUGUGUUGGUGAAGAGGGUCUGGAUAUCGGUGAAGUGGAUCUCAUCGUGUGUUUUGACGCUCAGAAGAAUCCCAUCCGGCUCGUUCAGCGUAUGGGGGACGGGCGCCAGCUACACGGACGUAUUGUCAUCAUACUAGCGGAAGGACGCGAGGAACGAACGUAUAAUCAGAGUCAGAGUAACCGGCGCAGUAUAAACAAAAGCAUCAUGGGAAACAAGCACAGCUUCCAGAUGUUUCCUCACAGUGUGCGCAUGCUGCCCGUCGGCAUCACACCAACACUGCACAAGAUGCACAUCAGCUGCGGUCAGUUUGAACACAGAGACAGCGCACGCACCUCCAUAAAGAGUCGGAGGUCAUCGCUCGACCCGCAGAUCACAGACAGUGAUCAGAAGUGUGUGAAGACAGACGGGUGUCUCACUGCAGUGGAAGAGGCCGUGUGGACAUCCACCAUGAGACUGGGAGAAGAUGAACCUCAGCCUGUGUUCAGAGAAACAUCUUUCCUGACCGUCAGUGCCAACCGUCUGUCUGUCUGUCUGUCUGUCUGUCUGUCUGUGUGUGUGUGUGUGUAGGAGCAGUGUGGAUCUGGUCCGGUUCGAGAGCUCUCUCUCUGGGAGUGGAGACACUGGCAGAACAAGCCGCUUCACACACACACAGUGGAACAUUCCGAGCGCUGCCGACACUUCUCAUCCAUCAUGGAGAUGAUUGACAGGAUGAGACAGGAGGAGCAGGGCGACUGCGGUUAUGAAUCCGAGCUCUUGCCGUAUCUACAGAAAGAUGUUGUGGGUCACACCGAUGAUGGACAAACAACCAAAGAAAACUCUGAUAAAAUCACUCAACAGAUGAAACUGAAAUCCAAAGCUGCUGCUCAUAGUAUCAGACAACCCUCUUCCAAAACCAGCUUACAUGAAACUAAUGAAGAACAGCAAAGGGACAGUACCGAAACAUCAGUGUCUACUCCAUGCACGCUGAUCCCAAGGAAAGCAUCGUUUGAGAAGAACUGUGAUAGCACAACACUCAGUGACACACUCUGUUAUAGACCGAUGUCUGUUGCUGAUCCCAGCGCUGACGGGGUUAAAUCAAACUCCGAGUUAUUGUGUGAUGUUCAACCAAUGGACGAGUGCUCCGAUCUUCAGCACAUGUUCUAUUUCUCUACAUGGAGUGUCAGUCCUAAACUGCGUCCUCACAACAUAGCGGCCGAAACAUUUCAAACGAUUCUCUCCAACGUUAAAGAUCUCCUGUCCAAAUCACCCCCACGGGACUUUGACUUGAUUUUCCCAGAGAUCCAACCAAAGGAGUCAAUUUCUGAACCUGUUGAGGAGUGCGAUCUGUUUCCAGUCCAGUUUUGUCUAAGAGCAGACGAGGAAUCUGAUGGUGACUCUGUUGACCGUGACAUGGAUAUCUCGCCUCAGAACUCACCAACUUAUCCUGGAAUUCCCAGGGAAUCGUCACGGUUAUCAGGAAAGGCACUGUCACCCAGUUGGGAUGAGAUGUUUGAUGAUGAGCAGGAGGUCAUUGAAGCGCAAAUAGAAACGGAGGUGCAUGUAGAGCGACAACAACCCCCCACAGGCCUGGACCAGAGUGUUGACCUGUUUGGAGAUGAUGAAGCGUUCCUUCAGGUGACCUUACCUGACGUUCAGACACCAGACGAGACCGCUGUAGCUCGUGAAGAAGCGAUGAUGAACACAUCUGCUCUGAACGCUAAUGCCCGAUUGAACAGCUCAAGAACAGACGGACCGAGAGCCGAGCGGAGCUCUGAGGAGUUCAACUGCUCGCAGGACUUCUUCUCUGUGAACUUUGACCUGGGCUUCUCCAUUGACUCUGAUGAGGACUGUAAUGAACUGGAGACCGGAUCAGCUGCUAACGCAGAGUUAAACAUCACAGCAUCAGCUGUUCACAAACCCAAAGCGUCUCCUGCGGUGUCGUCACCACGGCCUCGUCCAGCUGCGGGAGACUCAACGCUGGUCCACAGAACAUGUGACCAAUCACCGCUCAGUUCAGUGAGGCGUCCCAGCGCCUCAACGCCGAAUCUUGCGCUGCUGUGUGACAGAAGAACAGAUCACGCACACAACACAUUCAGGAAGUCACUUGAGAGGAAGAUGUUUGAUCAGCGUCCGGCAGGUUCAGCAGUGUUGAGCAGUGACAGUGAAGAGGAGAUAGUUGUGAAGAAACCAGCACAUAAAGUCAAUCCUUUAGCAUCUCCUGAGCAGACAAAGAUCUUCAGUGAGGUGGAUUCUGCCGUACUAGCGUGUAGAAAACGCACUGCUGCACUGAACAUGUCAGAAGAGAGCGAUACGAAUGACGGGUCAGAUGAGGAUUUUCAGGAUGUUCGUCGGUCCAGAGUUCUGGAAUCAUGCAGCAUCAGGAAUCCUCAACUGAAAACUAAAAAGGUUCGAGGAGGGCGUCAGUUUCUGGAUGAGGAGGCAGAAUUGUCUGAAGAUGAAGAUGUGUCAACAGAUGAAGAUGAUGGAGAUGAACAGAACCGUUCUCUGCAGGGCUUUGUGGUGAACGCCACUCAGUGUUCUCAGGGCCUCAAUGACUCAGAGAUGCAGGCCUUCUAUCUGAAGUCUGUGAGGAGUCCAGCGCUCCAGAACCACCUCAGAAUGACUUCCAGAACCAAACCGAACAUGAACAUCUUCUCACAGGUGCCUGAACAGGACGAGUCAUAUGCGGAGGACAGUUUUGUGGUUCACGGGAGUGAAGAUGAAGAUGAGGAAGUGGAGAGUGAUGAAGAUGUGCAGAUAAUCCCUGAAGACUCGUUUAUUGAUGGCAGGAAACAGUACGCCACACGACGGCGGGUUCGAAUAAAACAGAUCAGGGCGGCAGACGAGGUGAGAGACGUCCAAUCAGAGAUCAGCAGGAAAAACAAGCGCUCACGCAUCAUCAGAGUACAAGAUUCCAGUGAGGAUGAGGAGGAGACGUGUGUCAGACGAGCAGCAGAUGAGACACCGUCUGUUUUUAAAGUUCCUCAGUGUCUCCAGAACGUCUCCACGGUCCCUGAGAAACGAGCGAGACUAACAGAGAAACAGCAGCAGGAGGAGAGGAUCAGACAGAGACUCCGAGAUCAGACCGCACUGUCAGACCAACUCAACUUCCAAACGGACAAACAGGUGAUCUGCGCAGCUGGCAUGAAUCGGAGUCCGCUGGCCGCGGACGCUCCUCUCUGUGUGUUGGUGGACAGCCGCUGCAUCAGUGGAGGGUCAGAGGUCGUGUCAUCUCUGCGACUCAAACACCGGAUGAAAGUUCACGUGUGUUCACUGGUCAGUUCAGAUUUCAUCGUGAGUAACCGCAUGAGCGUGGAGUGGCACAGUGAAUCGGACAUGUCCAGCGUUCAGAACCGCAGGCGACUGCAGGACCGAAUGCAGAAACUGGAGGCAUUAUCUGAGCGUGUGUGUUUGAUCAUUGAGAAAGACCGACCCAAACCAGGUGAGACGCUGAGAGUGUUUCAGCGCAGCCGCUAUUAUGACGGGACGCUGGCGGCGCUGGUGAAGGCGGGCGUUCGGCUCAUGUUCAGCAACGGUCCAGACGAGACUGCCACCAUCCUGACUAACCUCACACAGGUCGAGCAGAGGAAAGGUCAUUCCAUACGUGUACCGCUGGAGGUCAAAGGUCAUCGCCAGCAGGCGCUUCAGUUCUGCCUCGCGCUGCCACACGUGAGCUACAUCAGCGCCCUGAACAUGUGUCACCACUACACCUCCAUCAGUCACAUGAUCAACAGCUCUGUCGACGAGCUGCAGACGUUUGCGUGUGUGAAUCGCUCCAGAGCAGAAGACAUUUACCGCAGUCUGCGUUACAGCUGCGACUCCACGCUCAUGACCACAAACUAACCCAAGCGAACAUGUCCUCAGCACUUUAACACAUUAUGUAUUAUUGAAUUCAUUGUAUGGACACAAACAUGGAAUGAUCAGGAUUAGACUUUCCUCUCAUGUGAUGUAAAUCAAUCUGUGUUUUCCGAUUCGGAAAGCGAUUUGUACAGCGCUGAUUAUGCUAAUAGCCAGUUUGGUAAUUCUGUUAUGAAGUAUUUAUGUUUAAAAGAAUAUCUGUGUGAGCUGGUAAGACUUUGAGAAAUAAAACUGCUCAGUGUUUU